AUGCAUCCAGCAAAUCAGCGGAUCCGGCGGAGAAUUCCUCGAACUGAUCAAACUCCCGCCCCGGCAGCCGGCGAGAGCGAGGACUGUCUCAACCUCAACGUCUUCACGCCGGCAUCCGCCUCUUCAACCGGGUCCAAGGCCGUGCUGGUCUGGUUCUAUGGCGGGGGGUUCGUAUACGGCGCGACUUCUGUGCCGUUGUAUGACGGGACGAGUUUUGCGGCGAACCAGGACCUGGUGGUUGUCACUGUCAACUACCGCACCAAUGUCUUCGGCUUCCCGGCGGAUAGCAAGAUUCCGGUGAAAGAACGGAACGUCGGGCUGCUGGACCAGCGGCUCGCGCUGGACUGGGUGCACCGCAAUAUUGCCAAGCUGGGUGGCGACCCGUCGAAAGUAACCCUCGUGGGCGAGAGUGCCGGAGGCUCGAGUGUCGAUGCUCUCGUCGUGUCUCCGCCUCACCCGGUCCCAUUCCGUGCAGCGAUCAUGGAGUCUGGGCAGUCGACGAUCAAGACGCCCCUGGACGCAGACCCCAAGACGUACACCAAGUCGUGGAAAUCCCUCGUCCACCUAGCCAAGUGUCCAUCCGAUGACGACGCCGUCGAGUGUCUCCGCAAACUGCCCGCACGCGACCUCAAACACCUCGUCGAGAAGAACUCCCUCGCCUUCGGUCCCGUCUCAGACGGUGGGCACACAUGGGCCGAGACACCACAGCUAGCUCGACAGCUUUCAACAGACAAAAUCUCCUCGAUCGCGCGCGUACCGGUCCUGAUAGGAAGCAACGCAGACGAAGACAAGCCGUUCGCAAUCGGUCAAAACGACACGCGCAAAUUCCUCGCCUCAAACGGCAUCCGCGGCGUCUACGCCGACAUGCUUCUCAAGGCCUACCCACUGGGCUCGCCAGGCGCGCACACUGAGAACGAUCGCAUCUCGUUGAUCGCCACAGACGCGUUCAUGCACUGCCCGGCACAGAAGUAUGCGAACCUUAGCGCCGGCGUCGGCAUCCCAACCUGGCGGUACUUUUUCAACGCCAGUUUCCCGAACAACGAGAUCUUUAAGGGGAGUGGGGCGUAUCACAGCGCGGAAAUCCAGUUUGUGUUUGGUACAUACCCGCAGGCUAAGGCGACGCCGUUCGAGCGCGAUGUUGGGCGCGUGAUGCAGACGGCAUGGGCGGAUUUCGCCAAGGAUCCGGUUAAGGGGCCUGGGUGGAAGCAGGAUCCUCAGGUUGCGGUGUUUGGGGAUGGUGUGAAAGCUGGCAUGAGUGCUGAGGGGAGGAAUGCUUUGCGGGUGGUUGAUUCGGGGUUUAUGGAUCGACGGUGUCGGCUGUAUCAGGAGUUGUAUCGAUGA